AUGACAAGCAACAUGUCCGAGGUGUACAAUGGUGUUUUUAAAGGGGUGAGGGCACUACCUAUCACAGCACUAAUUGAUGAAACUUGGAACCGGACUGUGUCAUACUUUGCAGAUAGAGUCACCGUUGCCAAGGCACUAGUUGAUUUGAACAAGACCUGGUCUGAGAAGAUGCAAAGACAUCUUGAUGACAAAGCAAAGAAGUCGCAAAGACAUGGGUGCAGGCAGGUUAUGGCUGAAAUGCCCCAGCUUUUGAAUGGUUAUCACGACAACCACCACCGUUGCCAGCUUUUCAUAAAUCCAAAUCAUUCGGUGGAUGCUGGGUCGAAAAAAUGGUCUACUAAAAUUGCAAAAAAUUGUUACCCCAUAUACCAUGAUCAGUUUGAGCUUCUUAACGACUCACUAAUAACAUGGAACCCGUGGACUGAGGCGCACAUUGAUAUGGUAUUUGGUUCGCAACACAUGCCAGUGGAAUGCGUGAGAGAUAGUGCCUUUUGGAUGACUCGCUGCAAUUUACUCUAUCUAUGGUUUGUGGAACCGUAUAAUCCUGACCGUGUCAUGAGACAGUUCGGUCUAUAUCAAGAUAUUCCACCACCGGUUCCAAGAUGUAUCGACGAAGAAACUCAUAAGAUGAGCAAUAUGGGCAGAUCUGGUGUGGACUGGAAUGCAGAAAACAUUGAAUGGAUAAAUCAGUGGAAUAAUGAAGCUCUACAAAAUAUAGUGCCUCAGCAACGAACGUACGAUGCAACUACGACAGAAGCGUACUAUAAUUGGUAUCGCAUGAGCACGCGUACUAGACUGACGAGUGAACCACCUACGAUGCCAACACAUCCAACGCAUAUGGAACAGUUGCAGAGACGGAUGGACACAUCAUCAGCUUACUAUCGUGACUCCGCGAUUGAUAUUUGCACCCAAGUACAAGCGAUGGCGAGGGAAGGAAUGCGAGCCCAGGGAAUUGAUCCUAAAGGCAGGUCCUUCUUUAAAAAAAUUAGCGAAUUCGUGAGCACAAGGUUUACGAGAUGCGGUACAGAGAACGACGUUGUCACUGCAGCGUACAACAUUCCGGAACCGAGGUCAGCUAGACCGAGUGCGGCGCCGUCGUCGUCCAUGCGGUGGGGAGAGGGUCCUAAUACUACGCCGACACUUCCACGACAUGACUCGUCUCUACCAAUACAUGGGCAGGCAUCACAGGUAAAUGCUCCAGAUUUAGGUUCGACGCCCGAACAGACUCAUUUCGUGGAGCAGGAUGCAUAUACAGCAUAUGGCGCACACACUCAAGGAUCUCAGCCAUAUCUGGCCACGCGAGGGAUUAGGAUGCCCGAGGAGAAUCGUUGGGCUGAGACAAGCGAGGGAGCACAAAGCUACAACAGCGGUCAGCUGGAAGUACCAACUGGCCCGACCAACAGCACAACGCACCCCAGUUUCAUCGGCGUCGGUUAUUUGAAUGGUCAGGAAACUGAGUAUAAAUAUGACGCAUUGUGA